AUGGUAAUUAAAGCCGCUAGCGGUGUCGAAGAGCCCUCGCCGCACCACGCACUCCCCGCACUGCGCGCACUCCCCGCGCCGCGCACCACGCCGCCCCGCAUUACGCCGCCCUGCAUCACGCCGCCCUGCAUCACGCCGCCCCGCACCACGCCGCCCUGCACCACGCCGCCCUGCACCACGCCGCCCUGCACCACGCCGCCCUGCACCACGCCGCCCUGCACCACGCCGCCCUGCACCACGCCGCCCUGCACCACGCCGCCCUGCACCACGCCGCCCUGCACCACGCCGCCCUGCACCACGCCGCCCCGCAUCACGCCGCCCUGCAUCACGCCGCCCCGCACCACGCCGCCCUGCACCACGCCGCCCUGCACCACGCCGCCCCGCACCACGCCGUCCCGCACCACGCCGCCCUGCACCACGCCGCCCUGCACCACGCCGCCCUGCACCACGCCGCCCCGCAUCACGCCGCCCCGCAUCACGCCGCCCCGCACCACGCCGCCCUGCACCACGCCGCCCCGCACCACGCCGCCCCGCACCACGCCGUCCCGCACCACGCCGUCCCGCACCACGCCGUCCCGCACCACGCCGCCGCGCACCACGCCGCCCCGCAUCACGCCGCCCCGCAUCACGCCGCCCCCGCACCACACCGCCCUGCACCACGCCGCCCUGCACCACGCCGCCCCGCACCACGCCGUCCCGCACCACGCCGUCCCGCACCACGCCGUCCCGCACCACGCCGUCCCGCACCACGCCGUCCCGCACCACGCCGUCCCGCACCACGCCGUCCCGCACCACGCCGUCCCGCACCACGCCGUCCCGCACCACGCCGUCCCGCACCACGCCGUCCCGCACCACGCCGUCCCGCACCACGCCGUCCCGCACCACGCCGUCCCGCACCACGCGUCCCGCACCACGCCGUCCCGCACCACGCCGUCCCGCACCACGCCGUCCCGCACCACGCCGCCCCGCACCACGCCGCCCCGCACCACGCCGCCCCGCACCACGCCGCCCCGCACCACGCCGCCCCGCACCACGCCGCCCCGCACCACGCCGCCCUGCACCACGCCGCCCUGCACCACGCCGUCCCGCACCACGCCGUCCUGCACCACGCGUCCCGCACUAUGCCGCACCACACCGUACAACGCAGUACCGCGCAAAGGAGGUGGCGCCGCCGUGUGA